UGUCCGAUCCUAAUAAACCAUCCAUCAAUGGAAAGCUUAUUAAUUCAGCUUUCAGAUGAUGUAUAAAUACCAAAUUAGAAGAAUUGACACUUAUGACUGGUUUUGUGGUCCAGGGUCACAAAUAUACAUUAAAAUCCAUGUAAUAAAUCUUUGGUGAGUUCUGAUUUUAGUUAAGCAAGUUGAAUUAGACUUAAUAUUUGUAAGUAAAAAGUUAAAAUUAUAUAUCAUAUAGUUAUUAUUUUAGUGUAUCAGAACAGUAGUGAAAUACAGUUCAUCAAACAUUUGUCCAGUAGGAGGCAGCAGUGUUCCAUACAUGAACUGAGACAAAUUUUUGUUUUAAUUAGCUGUAGAUAUCAUUCAAAACAGAACUAACUGUUUACUAACUAACCUUUUAAUAUACAAAAAUCGAAAUAAGAAUAGAGAAAUUAUACUUUAUUUUUCAAAUGAACAAUUAUGAGAAUGAAGUGAAUUGUUUUGAGGGAUGCAUGGAUGAGGCACUGGAUUGACAGGAAUCCAGGAUGAGGAAGUGUGACUUUGUCAAACCCCUGUUGGAUCAGUGUGUUCCUGCUCCCAGUCAAGCCAAGAUGAUGACAGGUGAUCUAGCUUCGUGUGACUGAGGUAAUUGGAUAUUCCCUUUUAUUUUAUUAUUAGCAAACUGAGAGAAGGCGGCUGUUUAUAGACAUUAGUCUAUGCAAAUUCUCACACAUAUGAUGUACAAUAUCAGUGUUUGGAUAUUUAUUUGAAAGAUCUGUAUGCUUAAGGUCAAUUUUACACUACUUUUGGUAUUACUCUUUAAUAUUUCUACUUUUUUGGCAUUACUUUUCAUCCACUGUUUCCCCUUGAAUUUCUUCAAUUAGUAAUGCAGUUAACAUUGCAGUAACACCUGUCUGUUUUAACAUGAAAGAGAGGUGUGACUUGUACAAGUACUCGCCUGUAUAGUCAUCGUGAUCGUGAGAACCGUAAUAACUGCUUACAUUAUAUUCGCUUUCAUACUUUUUACUCAUUGCCCCAUCAACAAUCUCACUGAGAAUAGCAGCUGUUACAGAUCACUGGAUUGACUUUCCCUCAGUUCUGACAUUUCAUUCAUUACAGAAACUGUAUGAAGAGUGAUGGAUCCUGUUGAGGAGGGUCUGGACAGCAGGUUUUCAGGUUGUUCUUCCUCCCUUCAGAUUAGCAUUGUGUCAGCCCUCUUCAUCAUCAUUUAUGUCACAGUCUACAGCCUUUGUACAAGCUGUUUCAGUAUAUCUGAAAGUGUUUCGCCCAGGCAUUUGCACAGACGAGAGAAAACAAAUAUUCCAUCUGCACCCCAACAAAAUAAACUACCUGAGUCCCAGAGUGUUGAAUGUAUGCCAGAUGCCAGGGAUCUGACUGAUCAUAUAUACUCACUUGUGGAGGCUCAACUGAAUGAGGAAAAUCCUUAUGAGUGCAUUAGUGAGCCUCCAUUACAGCCUCCAUCUGACAAAGCUGAAGGGGAGAAUGAGAGCCCUUCCCCAGCAAUGACAAAGCCUGAUCAUAAUCACUCUGUCUCAGCCCCCAACAAACCAGUAAACAAGCAGGCAGCGGAGCAGCCUGAUGCUUUACCUCAACAUCUGACCAACUCCGAACAGACUGCUGUCUAUGCUGCAGUGAACUGGAAAACCAAGAGUCAGAAGAACAUAGCACCUCUGUUUGAUACAGAUACUGUGGUUGAUAUGAGUGAUAUUGCUAAGGAGGCUGUCCCUCCUAUUCCUGACAAACAUUUCUAGUAUGAGAGAAUUUUAAUUUAAAUACAUUAUUUGUAUUUAUUCGCAUUUUGCAAGCCUUAAAACAAACUUGCAACACAAACAUGUCAUUAAAAAUAAAUAUUUUGUAUUUAUUUGAGUUUUUUUUUUUAUCAUGUGAACUAUAAUAUGUCUAUUCAUUGCCAUAACUUCAUAUAAAACUAUAAAGCAAUCCAACCAUGUCUGGGUUAUUGUAGGUCAGUGUGAGUCACAUGACACAAUGCCUCGAGCCAAUGCCCAGACUGGAUUCAGAGACUGAAACCCAACAUGCUUGUGCUGUCCAGACCUAAAAUCCCCUUUGGAGGAUGAAGUCCGUCAGGGCACGGCCGUCGACAGAAGAAAGCUUAUAAUCCCCAGACAUCAUUACAUGAUUAAUGCUUUCUUCUAAAUGUCUGUUUGCAAAUACACAAUGCUGAAUAUGUAGGAAAUAGACCAAAUAAUGUAGGUGAAAGGUGACAUGCCAGUGGACCACUCUGGAAACUGCAAAUCUGUCUUUUCACACACACACACACACACACACACACACAC